CGUCGAAUCAUCAUCGCAUGCGAAGCACGUUUUUGCUUGAUUGCGUCAUUUGACGCGCAUAUAGCAGUGAUUUCCGAGGUUCGGAGAUUUAUGACUAAUGAUCGGUUUAUCAAGUUGUAUAAUUGCGCUUGUCAAAACAUAUUGUAGCGCAUUACAAUUCGGAUUGUUUCAUUGAACGGUACAACGAAAAAUAUGGUCUACUUCGUUGUGCUAUCAGCGGCUUUUUUGGCCGUCUGUUCCGGGCAACCCAACCGCUCUCCCGUGUAUCCCGCUAGCAGCAGUAACUCAGGGGGCGGUAACAGCGUCGGCAGAGGCGUUAGCGGCGGUUUUCCUGGUGCCAGUGGCGGCGGUUUUCCGGGAUCCGGUGGUGGCGGUUUUCCUGGUUACAGUGGCGGUGGUUUUCCUGGUCAAAGCGGCGGCGACAGCUUUUCUAGUUUUGGUGGUUCAAUGGGACCUGCUUAUUCGGGUGAUGACUUUCCUGGAGGGAUUUCUAAAAUCGAAACCGGAUUUAGUUCAUUUGCAAUGGGAAGUUCUCCGAUUGGUCAAAGCGCUGGAGGGUUCGGUAGCGAUUCGGCUUUUGGGAAUGCCAUUGGCGGGGGUUUCCAGUCAGGAUCGUCGUCUGUUGGAACUAUGGGAUCGCCUUCUAUAGGAGGCAUGGGCGGCGUCUCGUUUUCAGGACGAGGCUCCUCUGGUGGAACCUCAAGUGGAUCUGGCUCAGUGGCGGGACCAUAUAAUGAUGCAAGCAGACCGCCACCAACCGAAUACAUAGGAGCCCGUGGCGGUCAGGAUGGGUACCCGGUGCAUGGGGGAUUCUGCGGCGGAACAGAAUGUCAAGAUGGCGGCGUGUCUGUUGGAGCUGGAGACGGAAUGGGGAUGGGUACCGCGGCGGCAAUGGCCGAGCGCCGUCGCAGCGGCACAAACGAGGACAUUCGAAUGUACGAAAUGAUGACCGGACCACCGAUGGGCGCAGAAAUGGGGAUGGGCGGUAUGGGAAUGGAAGGAAUGGGUGGAAUGACCGGAGCGGGAAUGGGCGGAUUCGGAAUGGGAGCAAUGACUGGGAUGGGUGGAAUGGGAGGAGCGGGUGGAAUGACCGGAGCGGGAAUGGGCGGAUUCGGAAUGGGAGCAAUGACUGGGAUGAGUGGAAUGGGUGGAGCGGGUGGAAUGACCGGAGCUGGAAUGGGCGGAUACGGAAUGGGAGCAAUGACUGGGAUGGGUGGAAUGGGUGGAGCGAGUGGAAUGACCGGAGCGGGAAUGGGCGGAUUCGGAAUGGGAGCAAUGACUGGGAUGGGUGGAAUGGGUGGAGCGGGUGGAAUGACCGGAGCGGGAAUGGGCGGAUUCGGAAUGGGAGCAAUGACUGGGAUGGGUGGAAUUGGUGGAGCGAGUGGAAUGACCACAGCGGGAAUGGGCGGUUUCGGAAUGGGAGCAAUGACUAGGAUGGGUGGAAUGGGUGGAGCGGGAAUGGCAGGAAUAGGAGGUCUUGGAAUGCAUGGAAUUGGCGGGAUGGGAGGUCAUGGAAUGGGAGGAUCGCAUGGAAUGGGAAGGCUUCCGGGAGGCAUGGUCGGUGGAGGCAGAUACGCCUUUUAAACUGCCAUCGAUGUCACCGUAUAAGUGUGUAAAUAGUCACUUGAAAUAUAUUGUGGUUACAAGA